GUGCCGGGCGGGGCGGGGCGGCGAUGGCGGGGAUGGCGGAGGCGCUGGCCAAGGAGCGGGCGGCGGCGUUGGGCGAGGGGCGGCACGGCCGCGCUGUGCCCUACCUGGGGCAGCGCUUCGAGACCCUGCGCCAGGAGUGCCUGCAGCAGGGGCGGCUCUUCCAGGACCCCUCCUUCCCCGCCGGCCCCAGCGCCCUCGGCUACCGGGAGCUGGGGCCCCGCUCGCACAAGACACAGGGCGUCGUCUGGCGCAGACCCACGGAGCUGUGUUCCAGCCCCCGGUUCAUCACGGGAGGAGCCACCCGCACGGACAUCUGCCAAGGGGCCUUAGGAGACUGUUGGCUCUUGGCAGCCAUUGCUUCUCUCACCCUGAAUGAAGAAAUUCUGGCCCGUGUUGUUCCCAAAGACCAGAGCUUCCAGGAUAAAUAUGCAGGAAUUUUCCACUUCCAGUUCUGGCAGUAUGGGGAGUGGGUGGACGUGGUGGUGGACGACAGGCUGCCCACCAAGAACGGGGAGCUGCUCUUCGUGCACUCGGCGGAGGGCGGCGAGUUCUGGAGCGCGCUGCUGGAGAAGGCCUAUGCCAAGCUGAAUGGCUCAUAUGAGUCCCUCUCUGGUGGCACCACCACCGAAGGCUUCGAGGACUUCACUGGCGGCAUUGCAGAAUGGUAUGAGCUGCAGAAGCCACCCCCCAACCUCUUCAAGAUCAUUCAGAAGGCACUCCAGAAAGGCUCUCUCCUUGGCUGCUCCAUUGAUAUCACCAGUGCUGCAGAAACAGAAGCAGUCACUUCCCAGAAGCUGGUGAAGGGACACGCGUACUCGGUCACCGGGGCACAGGAGGUGAACUUCCGAGGGACAGUGCAGAAGCUGAUCAGAAUCCGAAAUCCCUGGGGAGAAGUGGAGUGGACUGGGAAAUGGAAUGAUAACUGCCCAAACUGGAGUGGUGUUGACCCUGAGGUGCGGGAGCAACUGACCAGAAGACACGAGGAUGGGGAAUUUUGGAUGGCGUUCCACGACUUCCUGAGGCAUUACUCCCGCCUGGAGAUCUGUAACCUGACUCCAGACACCCUGGCAAGUGACAGGUACAAAAAGUGGAGCCUGCAGAAGCUGGAUGGCAACUGGAGGCGAGGAGCCACUGCAGGGGGCUGCAGGAACUACCCAAACACAUUCUGGACCAAUCCUCAGUACUUAAUCAAGCUGGAGGAAGAAGAUGAGGACCCUGAUGAUCCUGAGGGAGGCUGCACUUUCCUCAUUGGGCUGAUCCAGAAGCACCGUCGGAGGCAGAGGAAGAUGGGGGAGGACAUGCACACCAUCGGCUUUGCCAUUUAUGAGGUGCCCCCAGAGUUUUCUGGCCAGACAAAUAUUCAUCUGAGCAAAAACUUCUUCCUGACCAACAAAGCCCGGGAAAAAUCCAAUACCUUCAUCAACCUCCGGGAGGUGCUGAACCGCUUCAAGCUCCCUGCAGGAGAAUACAUCAUCGUGCCCUCCACCUUUGAACCCGACAAGAACGGGGACUUCUGCCUCAGGGUCUUCUCUGAAAAAAAUGCAAACUCCACGGUGAUAGAUGAUGAAAUUGAAGGCAAUUUUGAUGAGACUGAGAUCAGUGAAGAUGACAUCGAACCCAGCUUUAAAAAGCUUUUUGGGCAGCUAGCAGGAAAUGAUGCAGAGAUCUCUGCCUUCGAACUGCGCAGCAUCUUGAAUAAAAUCCUGGCUAAACGCCAAGAUAUUAAAUCUGAUGGCUUUAGCAUUGAGACAUGCAAAAUAAUGGUUGACCUGUUAGAUAAUGAUGGGAGUGGCAAACUGGGACUGAAGGAGUUCCACACCCUCUGGACAAAGAUUCAGAAAUACCAGAAAAUUUACAGAGAAAUUGAUGUGGAUCGAUCGGGUACCAUGAACUCGUAUGAGAUGAGGAGGGCACUGGAAACAGCAGGGUUCAAACUGAACUGCCAGUUACAUCAGGUCAUCGUGGCUCGCUUUGCUGAUGAGGAUCUCGUCAUUGACUUCGACAACUUCGUGCGCUGUUUGAUUCGGCUCGAAACCUUGUUCAAAAUGUUUAGAAAACUGGAUACUGAGAAAAGUGGGACAAUAGAAUUGAACCUUGUUAAUUGGCUGUGCUUCACUGUCAUUUGAGCCACUGGCAUCAGCCUAGACUCAACAAGAGCAUGGUCAGGUGAAGAUAAUCAAGCUAUAUACAAGGAAUAUCCAAACAUGAAUGUGCCUUAACUUACACAAAGCUAGCAGAUUUUGCAUGCAAUUGCAAGAAGAAAAGCAUUCUACUUCCACAGAAGAACCUGCAACCUCAUUUUUAUGGGUCUGACAAUCUGUGCCUAAUAUCAUACAGCCUCUGGACAAAGGCUUUAAUUUAGUAUCAAUCCUCAGUGCAAGUUUUGAAAACACUGCUUUGCUAUUAUCUUUGUAUUUAAGGCAUUUUACAGGACUUCAGGAAGAAAAGCUCAUUAUAGCUUGACAAUCUGGUUUUAAAAAGCGCUUUUUGAACAACAUCCUGCAUAUCUGAAAUUAGUAAAGAGAUAGUAAUGCAUAUCUAAACACCUGUACUCAGAGAUAGGGGUUCCAAGCCCCAGCACUAUCCUAAGUUAAAUAUUCUUUAAAGAAUUUGAGUAGCAAGUACAUCUUUGACCAAAGUGAGCAUUGAUGUGCCUGGAGCAGGUGGCUGUUGGCAACAAGAUUUUUCCAAGAGAAAGCCCAUGCUUUCAGGCAGAAUCUUGAGUUCCUGUAUCUUAUUUAUCUUCCUUUGCGAUACAAGAAAGUAUUUAAAUUUAAAAAAAAAAUAGAAGUAAAGUUUGUCAGACUUAUUUCUAGUGAAAAUAAGCACUUUUUGGUUUUUUUCUUAGAGACAGAUCAUCACAGUGCACAUGCAGAGCCUUUUGCUUUCAGGAACAGAAGUUGCUGCCCUUUAAAGGGGAAAACCAGCAUGCUGAAGCUGAUUGUGAGUGUGUGGCAGUUAAUGAAAUGUUAGAUAAGCUGAUACUUUUAAAGAUUAAUGCUUGAACAGCCAAAGAUUUAUAAGAUAGAUAACUGAUACUCCAUACCCCACACUCAAGACUGUUGAAAUCAGAGGCUGUGACCAUGAGCCAAUUGCUGCUGCCUUUAGUGUCCCCACCUGAAGAACUGUGGGGAAAUUUCUUCCUUAGAAACUCUUUCUUCCUUUUGGGCACCUUUUCAGAAAGCAGUAGGACUUACCUAGUAGGAAAACAGGAACCUGUAGGGUGAGGCACUUUCUAAAUACCCUUAAGGAAUUACUUGCUCCUCUGUUAAAUACUGUUCAGUAUCAAAUUAUUGCCAAAUCGAGAGAUAGAAAGGAUAGCUCUAUAGGACAGGUUUUAUUUGGAAAAUACCUGUAUCAAAGUUGGGUUUCCCCCCUAAGUAUGUCCCUUAGCUUUGAAGGUUAACAAUGUUACACUAACAGCUUCAGCUCAAUUUUAAAUACAGAAAAACUACCUAGAAUGGAUGGGGGAGGAGGGGU